UGAGCAAUUAUUUGGAAUGAUAACUGGGACACAGCCUGUGUUCCACUCAAAUGUUUCAGCUGAGGCUGAUAUUAAGAAAAGAACUGUGGUUUUGUUGUUGUUGUUUAAAUGAGGGAGGGGGGGAAUAAUGAUCUUCAGAGUCUGACCUCUUGGCACAACAGAGAGAUUUAUCAGAGGGGGCAUGUGACUAGUGAAGCAAGGCACACAACCCAGGCUUUAAGGAAGCAGCUGCUCACUUAUGCUUUAGCACUUGGCAGCUGGACAAACCAGGGAGAUGUUUCUGUUGAAUACUUCUGCAGAACCCAGUACAUUUUCCCGUGAGAUACGGCAGAGAAUGCAACGGACAGUCGUCUAAUGGGGACCCUUCUGUGCUUCUUCAGUGUGAUGACAGCGUGUUGGCUCUUUUGACAACAGUGAAAGGACAAUGGGAUCCAGUGCUCUUGGGAAAGCUGCCACAUUGGAUGAGCUCUUAAGCACCUGUAUUAGAAUGUUUGAUCGCAAAGGGGAACUGAGUAACAAUAAUUUGCCAAGAACCUUCCUAUUAAUGCAUCGAUGGUAUUUACCAUCCACAGAAUUGGCAAGCAAACUUCUCUCCCUAUAUAGAGAUGCCAGCGGGGAAAACUGCAGUCAAAUCCGCUUAAGAAUCUGCUAUUUCAUGAGAUAUUGGAUAUCAGAAUUUCCUGCAGAAUUUAACCUGGACCUUGGUUUGGUCCAUCUGACUGAAGAAUUUCAAGAAUUAGCUAGCCAGCUAGGCUAUGAAGAGCACGUCCACCUUAUUGAUAUCUCUAGCAUACCCUCUUAUGACUGGAUGAGAAGAGUAACACAAAGGAAAAAAACCUCCAAGAAGGGAAAAGCUUGCCUACUGUUUGAUCACCUGGAACCCAUAGAGCUUGCUGAGCAUCUUACUUUCUUGGAGCAUAAAUCUUUCAGAAGAAUCUCUUUUACAGAUUAUCAAAGUUAUGUGAUCCAUGGUUGCCUUGAGAAUAACCCAACUCUAGAACGAUCUAUUGCUUUGUUUAAUGGCGUCUCUAAGUGGGUCCAGUUGAUGAUCCUUAGCAAACCAACUCCUCAGCAAAGGGCAGAGGUCAUUACAAAGUUCAUCAAUGUUGCACAGAAACUUCGACAUCUUCAAAAUUUCAAUACACUCAUGGCUGUCAUUGGAGGACUAAGCCAUAGUUCUAUUUCACGACUCAAAGAAACUCAUUCUCACCUUUCUUCAGAGGUUACAAAGGACUGGAAUGAAAUGACUGAACUAGUCUCCUCCAAUGGAAACUACUGCAACUACCGCAAAGCUUUUGCUGAUUGUGUUGGCUUCAAAAUCCCAAUCUUAGGAGUCCACUUGAAAGACCUGAUAGCAGUUCAUGUCAUCUUUCCAGACUGGAUCAAUGAGAACAAAGUCAACAUUGUGAAAAUGCAGCAGCUUUCUGUCACCUUGAAUGAACUGAUUUCUCUACAGACUGCUUCUCAUCAUCUUGAGCCAAAUAUGGACUUAAUUAACAUGCUAAUGCUUUCCUUGGAUCUCUACCAAACAGAAGAUGAUAUCUACAAGCUCUCGCUGGUAUUGGAACCAAGGAGUUCGAAAUCACCUACCUCCCCAACAACACCUAACAAGCUGGUGGUACCACUUGAGUGGGCAUCUGCAGUAAUACCAAAGCCUGAUCCAAGCAUAAUCAACAAACACAUCCAAAAGCUCGUUGAUUCGGUUUUUCGGAACUAUGAUCAUGAUCAUGAUGGUUAUAUAUCUCAGGAAGACUUUGAAAGCAUAGCAGCUAAUUUUCCUUUUCUGGACUCAUUCUGUGUAUUAGACAAAGAUCAGGAUGGACUUAUCAGCAAAGGAGAAAUGAUGGCUUAUUUUCUGAGGGCCAAAUCACAGCUGCAGUGCAAAAUGGGACCAGGCUUCAUACAUAACUUCCAGGAGAUGACAUAUCUUAAACCAACUUUCUGCGAGCACUGUGCUGGAUUUCUCUGGGGUAUAAUCAAGCAAGGCUACAAAUGCAAAGAUUGUGGUGCCAACUGCCAUAAACAGUGCAGAGAUCUGCUAGUUCUGGCCUGCAGAAAGUUUGCCAGAGGAACAUCACUGAGCAGCAACCACGGUUCUUUGCCCAAUAGUCCAUCAUUGCCAGCUGUACAAGAUGAUGUAUUUAAUUUUCCCAAUGUAGCUCCACAAAAUCAAGAUCUAGCUAGCAGACCGAUCAUGCUUGUAACUGGUUCUUCUCAGAAGAUUUCAGUUCAUCUACAACGGGUGACCACCAGCCAAGCAACGCAGACAGAGCCACUGUGGCAUGAACCUGGUUGGGGAGACUCAGGGUCUCACACCUUCCCCAAAAUGAAAUCCAAGUUCCAUGGGAAACCAGGAAAGAAUAAAGGUUUUGCAAAAUGGGAAAAUGAAAAAUCAAACAUUCAGUCUAACAUGGACAUCAAAACAGCAUCAACAGUACAUGUAUUAGACCAGAAUGGAACAGAAGCUCACUUAGAAAGAAAGGAAAUGGAGGCUAGCUGAUCUGCCAUCACUGCAAAAGAUGGAAGACAGUUCAAGAAAGGACAAUGUGAUAUUCUAUAAAUGCCCGAACUUGGUCAAAUGUCAUACAACUAAGUCAGCAGACCUUUUUAUUACUGUGACAGAUGUUUAAUGACAGAGUACACUAUUUAUUUCCUCACAUAGCCUAAGCUAUGUCAUCAUCAGUUUUGGACAGACAGAAAGAAAACUAAGACGUGAUACAUCCACCUUGUCAACGAUUCUCGUCACUAGUUCUCAGGCAAGGAAAAUUGUGGUUACAGCCCAUUUCACUACUACCAAAAAAACGUCUCCAAGUAUCAUAACUGCCACAGCAGCAGGAAGCAGACUUGUCUGUGCCAAAUUAGGUUAAUGUUCUCUCUUAUGUACACCUUGUUCUUGUCCCUGAUGUUCUUUUAUGUUUCAAAGACUGCAUUUUGUAGCUGGCAUUGACAGCUAGAACAGAGAUGGGUGGCCUUUGAAAACUCACAUAGUUCAGAAUUUCUCCUACCACACGUACACUCUCAUUCUUAUUUUUUUCCUUAGACCACAUAUUUUGUUUUCCAAUAAAAUCUGGAAGAUGUUUACACUUUUCCAUUAAAUAUGUGACAAGCUACUGAUGUAUGUUACAAGACUCUCAGCACUAGCUCACUGUAUGAGGUCAUUCUGAAUAUAUAGUGGGUGUGUAAAACUUGUGGAAUUUAGGUUAUAUGUAAUCUUACAGCUGUUGAAGGGUCUUCUCUCUUGUUGCUCUUUAUGCUGAGAUAGUCGUGUAACACAAGUUUUAGGUUUAUGGUUAUUGGGUUUUGUUGUCGUUUUUUACCCUUUACAAAAAUUGGACGUUAUCUAAAUAAAAUACUAUAUUUCAUAAA